AUGGCAGCUGUAAAUGGACAUUCAAGAGUACUCAAACCUGGUGUUUGGGCUCCUAUCCCUACCUUUUUCGAUGAACAGGAAGAGCUUGAUCUCGACACCUUCCGAAAACAUGUUGUCAAACUUGCCAAAGUUGGCAUGCAACCCGUCAUCUGUGGUUCGAUGGGUGAAGCUUUCCAUUUGACCGAUGAUGAGCGAUUCACUCUUUUCAAAGAGACCAGGAAGGCUUUAGAUGAAGCUGGAUUACAUGAUACUGUCGUCAUUGCCGGAACCGGUGGCAACUCUACCCGACAGACUAUCCGACUUUCGAAACUCGCCGCUGAAGCCGGUGCCGACGUCGUCAUCGUAAUCCCACCAGGAUACUACGCCGGUGCUUUACAGAAGCCCGCUCUCAAGCAAUUCUUCUUAGACGUUCAAGAAGGUUCCCCAAUCCCAGUCAUGAUCUACAACUUCCCAGGUGCAGCUGGUGGUAUCGACAUGGAUUCCGAUCUUAUCAACUCUAUCGCUACUGAGGGAUCUAACAUCUGCGGUGUCAAGUUGACUUGCGGUGCUGUCGGUAAACUCACUCGAAUUACCGGUAAAACUGCCGUUCAAGCAUUCUCAUCUCAUCCUAGAAAGAACUCUGUCGCUCCUGAGUUUUUGACUUUGGGUGGAUUCGCCGAUUUCCUCGCUCCUGCCAUAUUGGGUGGUCGAGGCCAUGGAGCCAUCAUGGGUUUAGGAAAUAUCUAUCCUCGAUCAUUAGUCAGGUUAUUCGAAUUGUCCUAUAAGAUCGUGACUGAUUUCAACCCCUCAGCAGAAGAUAUAAAGAAAGCUUGGGAAUUACAAGACUUGGUAUCCGAGGCGGACGCAUCAUUCACCAGAGGUGGUAUUGCCGGUACUAAAUAUUUCUUACAGAAGAACAGUGGACACCCUAACAGAAGGAUGAGAAGACCAAUCUUGGAUUACACGGAUGCUGCUGGUGCUUCGCUCGAGAAGGAAGAUGGUGUUACUGGAUUACUGGCUUACGAAAAGGCUUUAGAAAAAGGUCAAUAG